GGCUGGCGCGGACUGCAGAGCCGGGGCUGGGCUCGGCGCGCUCUUGGAGAGCCUUGCGCGCGGCUGGGCCCGCGGCCGGCGGCUCCUCCUCCUACUCUGCUCCUCCUCCUUUUUCUCCUCCUCCUCCACCUCCUCCUCCACCUCCUCCUCCACCUCCUCCUCCUCCUCUUCCUCCUCCUCCUCUUCAAUUCUCCCGGUGUCUCUGCCCGGCUCGCUGGCUUCGGAGAAAUCCCCACUCCAGUAGCCGACCCAGCGCCUAAGCGGGUCGCCUUGGGCUGAGGGCACACCCUGGGGAGGGGAGAGGUCUAGGCAGCUGGGCCGCCGCGGGCACCUAGUCGCACCCCGGUGAGCCCCGACUGCAGCCGUCGCCGCCUCGGGCAGACUUUGCGCUUCUGCUUUGCGCCCGGGGCGCCGAAGCCGGGCCGGCGAUGCCCGCAGCGUGAAAGCGCCCGCGGCGGGUGGCGACCUCUGCCCUGGUCUCCCACCCCCUCCCGCACAGCACCCCCCCCCCGCCCCCUGCCCUUGUGACCCUGGCUUUGGCGCCGCCGCCCAGGCGCCCCGCGAUGUAGCUGCCCUAGCGCCUCGGCGGGAGGCGUCCUGGCCCGCGGGCGCCCAGGGCCCGGAGCCCGGCCUGGGGGCGCAGCCGAGCUCGGGCGGGGCCGGGGCCGCGGUGGCGAUGCACCGGGCCCGUUAGCGCGGGGAGCGCCAGGCAGCUGAGGCGGGGGGCAAGCCCUCCCGCGGAGGAGCCGCGCCCCCGGCCCCGCCGGUCCCGCCGCGAUGCUGUUCCACAGUCUGUCGGGCCCCGAGGUGCACGGGGUCAUCGACGAGAUGGACCGCAGGGCCAAGAGCGAGGCUCCCGCCAUCAGCUCCGCCAUCGACCGCGGCGACACGGAGACGACCAUGCCGUCCAUCAGCAGUGACCGCGCUGCGCUGUGCGCCGGCUGCGGGGGCAAAAUCUCGGACCGCUACUACCUGCUGGCGGUGGACAAGCAGUGGCACAUGCGCUGCCUCAAGUGCUGCGAGUGUAAACUCAACCUGGAGUCGGAGCUCACCUGUUUCAGCAAGGAUGGAAGCAUCUACUGCAAAGAAGACUACUACAGGCGGUUCUCUGUGCAGCGCUGCGCCCGCUGCCACCUGGGCAUCUCGGCUUCGGAGAUGGUGAUGCGAGCUCGGGACUUGGUUUAUCACCUCAACUGCUUCACGUGCACCACAUGUAACAAGAUGCUGACCACGGGUGACCACUUCGGCAUGAAGGACAGCCUGGUCUACUGCCGCUUGCACUUCGAGGCGCUGCUGCAGGGCGAGUACCCCGCGCACUUCAAUCAUGCCGACGUGGCGGCUGCAGCAGCGGCAGCUGCAGCGGCCAAGAGUGCGGGGCUGGGUGCAGCCGGGGCCAAUCCUCUGGGUCUUCCGUACUACAAUGGCGUGGGCACGGUGCAGAAGGGGCGGCCGAGGAAGCGGAAGAGCCCCGGGCCCGGUGCGGAUCUGGCAGCCUACAAUGCUGCGCUGAGCUGCAAUGAGAACGACGCGGAGCACCUGGACCGGGACCAGCCCUACCCGAGCAGCCAGAAGACGAAGCGCAUGCGCACUUCCUUCAAGCACCACCAGCUUCGGACCAUGAAGUCUUACUUUGCCAUUAACCACAACCCCGACGCCAAGGACUUGAAGCAACUCGCGCAAAAGACAGGCCUCACCAAGCGAGUCCUCCAGGUCUGGUUUCAGAACGCCCGGGCCAAGUUCAGGCGCAACCUCUUACGGCAGGAAAACACGGGCGUGGACAAGUCCACGGAGGCGGCGCUGCAGACAGGGACGCCGUCGGGGCCCGCCUCGGAGCUGUCCAACGCCUCGCUCAGCCCCUCCAGCACGCCCACCACCCUCACAGACUUGACUAGUCCCACCCUGCCGACUGUGACGUCCGUCUUAACUUCUGUGCCUGGCAACCUGGAGGGCCACGAGCCUCACAGCCCCUCGCAAACGACUCUUACCAACCUUUUCUAAUGACUCGCGGUCCCCCCCCGUCCGCCCCCCCGCCCCGCCCCACAAUUUCUUUAAAAAAGAAAUUAUCUUUAGUUGAAUUCCAAGUGUAUUUUAAAAUAGAGGCUUUGAGCAACUAACUAACCACAUUUUAGGAUCUCGCCUGGAAACUGAGGAAGAAAAUAAUCGCCCCCCACCCCGCCCGCGCCCCACCCCCGGCUGCCGCAGCAGUGUGGACUGGAAUUACUUGGAAGAUCUAUCUGCAACACAACAUUUGUGUCACUGUACAGUUUUGUGGACUGAGCGAGGAAAAACAACAAAUAAUUUAAGUUGGCUAGAGCUUCUGUAUUUUCAAAGACUGCCACGUGCCUUAGGAAUACUGUUUUAUCUCCAUACUUUGGAUGACUUGUUCAUUUUUCUCUCCCUCUUUUUCUCUCUGUAUAUUUAUGACCAGAGCAAAAAUGUAAAAAAAAAAAAAAAAAUUUGUUACUUUGAAUAGUCCUAAAAAGAAAAAAAAAGGAAAAAAAAAAAUCAAAUCCCCUCCAACGGUCGCUUUGUUGUUUUAGAAUUUUAAGGUGGAAGUCUGUUCGAAUAUCAGAAUUUGUAAAAUCUAACCAGUAAUAAAACCACUUAUUGAAACUA